AUGAACGAUGAUGAAGUUGAGUCUGUCGCAGCCACACAGUCGGAGGAUCAGUCAACUGCCGUAGGCAACAGCGCCAAUGAGAAUCCGUCAACCUCCCGAGAUCGACACACUAGUACAACAGUAAGUCCCAGCACGUCAAAACCAACAACUGAGGAUGCUGACCUGGAGGUAGCUGACAGGAAGAUGACUCCAGAAGAAAAGGCCCACGCAGAAGAAAUACUACGAUUGACGGGAAACAGUGCUGCACUUGACUUUGGCGACAGAAAACCUGCAGCCAAGGUGACACCAAGAAACCAGGAGAACAUACCGGUAGACGAAAUGAGAAACGCAGACAGCAGCAAUAGCAGCAUCCAACACGCUGAUUCUGCAAUUUCAGCUCUUACUGGCAUUGCCGCCCGGUUCAGUGACAACCAAACGCUUGGCCAAAUGACCUUCUUCCCAAAGGAAAAGCAGAGUUUUGCAAACGGCACCAUGGGAAAAUUGUCUGCGGAAAUGCCAGCAAGCGGCAAACAACAGCAAACAAAUUACAGCCCAAGUGAGAACAAUGCGGGUUCUAGAUAUCCUCCCCUUGCUGCCUUGGCAGCACAGUUUGAUGAACCCCAAAGGAGCGGUCAACUUUCAUUUUUCCCCAAAGAAUCAAAGAAACAGCAAUCCCUGCCUCACUCUAUCGCAGUGGCACAAGCAGCAACGAACAACAACCUCGGUGCGGAUCAAGACACUCCACCCAAGGAUGCAACUGCUUCAAUCGAUGAAAUUACACAACAGCAGCUGCAAUCUCAACCGGGUGCAUUCUCGCAGGCUCCUGGCGAAUCAUGGCAGCGUACACAGACUCUUGACUAUGACCUACUGAAUGCUCCUGUGCAUACAGCACCUCUAAUACUAGUGCAGCAUGACCCCACAUCUACUGGUACUAGUGUUAAUGGGCAAACUCAAAAUUCAAUUCUACCGGCUGCCAAUACAAAUGCAAAUGCAAAUGGGCCAUUGGUGCAAGCGAAUCCAGUUCUAGGAGACCCACAAGAUGCAACAGAUAUGAUGCAGGCUAGCCCAGUGGAUCUAGAGGCAGCUGAGGAAAGACAGCAACAAUGGAAGAGACAAUGGCAGCAGUUGAUUCUGGCUACCUGUCUUUUGUUUGCUGUGGCUGCAGUUGUUUGCUCCAUCGAUGUAUCCAUCUGCAACUCCAUCCUCUUCCAUGGCUCCAUCGUCCUCGGUGGCUCCAACUAG